AUGUAUCUCUCAUCUAUCCUCCCCCUCCUCUCGCUCACCACCCUCGCCUUCUCGAGCCCAACAAUCCAGAACAACCCGGACUCAAGAGAAAUACCUCACGGCACCUUCCCCUCCGGCAAUGGCCAAGUGAUGCCAACCAGCACGCCACCGCCGGCACACCGACAUCUCGGCCACGCGAUAGUGCAAAACAACUGCCAUUUCCCCAUCUACAUCUGGUCGGUGGCCUCCACGGUUCUACCCAAGCGAACCCUCCUCCCAAACGACCAGUACACGGAGCUCUUCCGCGAAAACCCCGACACUGGCGGCAUCGCAAUCAAGAUCAGCACCAACAGUGAGGGGCUGUACACCAGUGCUCCGCAGAUGAUCUUUGCGUACAACCUCUCCUCGUCAAAGGAACGGGGCCAGAGACAGGAUAAAGUGUGGUACGAUCUCUCCGAUGUCUUUGGAGAUCCGUUUGUGGGCUACACGGUGAAUCUUGCGCCUGCUGAACCGGCGAUCUGCUGGAGGGAUGGGGUUCCGCCUGCUGGGAGUCAGGUGAGGGUUGUUGAUUCUUCGACGGAUUUGAUCUUGUCGGUUUGUGGAGACCGGGUUUAG